AUGAGGGUCACCGCUGAGUUCCUCGCAUUCCUCACCCUCGCAGGCGAGAGGGCCACCGCACAGUCCAACUCGCGAGGCCCCAUCAGCGCGGCUCCGGAGGCCUGCCCCGAGUCCCCCUGCUCCGCCUCGGCGUCUGCUGUCCCCGACUGCGCCGUCGGGUGCAUCAGGUCGGCGGCGACAGCGAUCAGCUGCGCCACCGACGACUACGCCUGCCAGUGCAGCUCGUCGUCGGCGAUGCAGGACGCCGGCCAGGACUGCGUCCUCGACUCGUGCGGCCUCGCCACCGCCCUCGCCGCCGGCAGCUCCCUGCGCUCCCUCUGCGACUGCGUCACCGCCAGCCCGACGACGCCCUGCACCGAGGCGCCGUCGGCCACGGCCACGGUCACCGCCGCCGGCGGCUCCGACGUCGCGACUCUCGACAUCCGCAGCGCCCCCGCCGCCAGCUCCUCCUCGACACCGUCCGCCUCCGACCCAGGUCCGCCGUCAAUGACGGUGUGCGCCGUCGGCCUCGCCGACUGCGGCGCCAUCGCGUCGACGGUCAUCCCGGCGUGCGCGCAGCCCUGUGUCGCCGGCGCGGCGACGAGCGUGGGCUGCGGCGCCGACGACUUUGCAUGCCAGUGCCAGCCCGUCGCGCAGUCGAGCCUGAGCUCGCUCGUCGCGCCCUGCGUGGUUUCGGCCUGCCCGCCUGACUCGCUGGAUGCGGUGCUUAGCGCUGGCUCUACGGGUGAAUCCCCCCAACUUCCCCAGGCUCCCCACCCUGUGUUCAUGAUGUUAACAAGGAAUGAUAUAUAUAAAGUCUGCGCAUGCGCUACUGGGUCCCCCGAUAGUGCUGGGUUGUGUUCGGCCCCCGCCGCUACCCCGACUGGCGACUACGUUCCCGGCACCAUGGCCUCCUCGAACGAUUCCGCUAGCACCGGUGGCGGGCCUGCUUCGGCGCCGUCAUCCGAUCGUAGGGUUAUCCAGCCUACUGGUGGGAUGGGAUUUGGCGGCGAGAAGGCCAUGGAACGAUCCAUGGUUACUGGCGGUGCGAACGGCGGAUUCGAGAUUGGAGUCCUGGGGAGCAUCGCUGGUGCGGUGUUGGUUGGAGCUUUGGCUCUUUAA